GGGGGGGCGGGGGGUCGCGAGGGGCUUCGCAGCCGGACAGCCGCUUCAAGAUGGCUAUCGUGGACAAGAAGAAGCAGAUCAGCAUCCGCGGCUUGGUCGGGGUGGACAACGUGGUGGAGUUGAAAACGGGCUUCAACCGUCACCUGCACUUCACUCUGGCGAAGGACCGGAACGUGGCUCAAGUGCAGCACUACUACCUGGCCCUCGCGCACACCAUCAGCGACCUCUUGGUGGGGCGAUGGAUCCGCACUCAGCAGUACUACUACGAACAGAACCCUAAGAGAAUUUACUAUUUGUCCCUAGAGUUCUACAUGGGUCGCACUCUGCAAAAUACUAUGAUUAAUUUGGGUCUGCAGAAUGCUUGUGAUGAAGCUAUGUACCAGAUGGGCUUAAACAUUGAUGAACUGGCAGAUGUUGAGGAGGAUGCUGGUCUUGGCAAUGGAGGUUUAGGCAGACUUGCAGCCUGUUUUCUUGAUUCAAUGGCAACACUGGGCCUCGCUGCAUAUGGAUAUGGCAUAAGAUAUGAAUAUGGUAUUUUCAACCAAAGGAUUAAGGAUGGUUGGCAGGUGGAGGAGCCUGAUGACUGGUUGCGACUUGGCAAUCCUUGGGAAAAGCGUCGUCUAGAAUAUGAAGUACCAGUUCAUUUCUAUGGCCGAGUAGAAUAUCAUGGUGAUAGAGCUCAGUGGGUGGAUACAGAGAUAACUUUUGCAACACCAUAUGAUACUCCAGUGCCAGGAUAUCUAAACAAUACUGUGAACACCAUGAGGCUCUGGUCUUCCAAAGCACCAAAUAGCUUCAAUCUACAAAGCUUUAAUAUUGGGGGUUAUAUUGACGCAGUGCUAGACAGAAACCAAGCUGAGAAUAUUAGUAGAGUCCUCUACCCUAAUGAUAAUUUUUUUCAGGGAAAAGAGUUGAGACUAAAGCAGGAGUACUUUGUGGUAUCUGCUUCUCUCCAAGAUAUUAUGCGACGUUUCAAAAAUUCCAAAAAAGGUUGCAAGGAUAAUGUUAAAGCAUGCUUUGAUUCAUUCCCGGAAAAGGUGGCAAUUCAGCUCAAUGACACUCAUCCUGCCUUGGCAAUCCCUGAGCUCAUGAGAAUUUUAAUGGACAUCGAGAAGCUAGCGUGGGAUCAGGCCUGGGAAAUCACCAAGCGCACAUUUGCGUAUACUAAUCACACAGUUUUGCCUGAAGCCCUUGAACGCUGGCCAAUUGACCUAUUUGAGAAACUCUUACCAAGACACCUGCAGAUUGUCUAUGAGAUUAACCACAAAUUUCUAGAAAAAGUCAAAGCUCUAUAUCCGAACGAUAAUGAUCGUUUAGGACGGAUGUCCCUUGUAGAAGAAGAAGGGAUGAAAAGAAUAAAUAUGGCACACCUUUGCAUUGUUGGUUCUCAUGCAGUGAAUGGUGUAGCCAGGAUUCACUCUCAAAUCAUAAAGAAGAAAAUUUUUAAAGACUUUAGUGAGAUUGAACCGGCAAAGUUUCAGAAUAAGACGAAUGGAAUCACUCCAAGGCGAUGGCUCUUGCUCUGCAACCCAGGUCUGGCAGAUAUUAUCGCUGAGAAAAUAGGACAAGACUAUCUUAAAGACUUGGGUCAAUUAAAAAAACUGCAUGCCUUUAUAAACGAUGAUCGUUUCAUUCAGGAGAUUGCAACGGUGAAACAGGAAAACAAAGCCAAGCUUGCUCGUUCCUUAGAAAAACAAUACCACCUUAAGAUAAAUUUAUCUUCCAUCUUUGAUGUGCAAGUGAAGAGAAUCCAUGAGUACAAACGACAGCUCAUGAACGUCCUUUUCAUGAUUCUGAUGUACAAUAGGAUUAAAACCAAUCCCAACAAGCAAUUUGUUCCAAGAACAGUUAUGAUCGGUGGAAAAGCUGCUCCUGGCUAUCAUAUGGCUAAAUUGAUUAUUAAACUCAUCACUUCUGUGGCAGAUGUGGUGAACCAUGACCCUGUAAUUGGAAACAAAUUGAAAGUCAUCUUCCUGGAGAACUACAAAGUCACUUUGGCUGAAAAGGUCAUUCCAGCAACUGACCUGUCACAGCAGAUCUCUACAGCUGGCACAGAGGCUUCUGGUACAGGAAAUAUGAAAUUCAUGUUGAACGGAGCCCUGACCAUUGGCACUAUGGAUGGAGCAAAUGUGGAAAUGGCAGAGGAAGCUGGUGAAGAAAAUUUGUUUAUUUUUGGCAUGAGAGUUGAAGAUGUGGAAAAAUUAGACUUAAGAGGAUAUGAUGCUUCAGAAUAUUACAGAAAGAUUCCAGAACUAAAAGAGGUGAUUGAUCAGAUCAGCAGUGGAUACUUUUCUCCAAAACAACCUGAUCUUUUCAGAGAUAUUGUGAAUAUGCUUUUUCAUCAUGAUAGGUUUAAAGUGUUUGCUGAUUUCGAAGAUUAUGUCAAAGCCCAAGACAAAGUCAGCCAUUUGUACUUGAACCAAAAGGAAUGGACUAAAAUGGUCAUUAAAAAUAUUGCUUCUUCUGGGAAAUUCUCCAGUGAUCGAACUAUCACUGAUUAUGCCAAAGAAAUCUGGGGUGUGACACCUGGUGCCUUGAAAGUUCCUAACGCUCCCAACCAAUCUUAAAAGCAUUCCUUCAUACAAAUUAAUAUUAAUAUUGUUGUACUGUAAAAAUUGUAGUACUCUGUUUUCUGCUUCAACUAAAUAAAAUAUUAUAAUUUAA